AUGGAGGACCAAAGAUUCGAAUACAACAUCUUGAAUGGGGAUAUUAAAGAAAUCAGACUCGUCGCACUCCAGCCUUGUCCAGACCCAACAGCCGCAAUCGAGUGCAAGAUCCUGAAUGCAAUUCUGUAUGAUCGACCACAUUACGAAGCUCUCUCCUACAUGUGGGGAGACGAAGCCGAUCCUCAAACCAUCAAGAUUGAGGGGAAAGCAUACCAGAUUCGUCGGAAUCUCUGGCUCGCACUCAAUCAACUUCGUCUCGCAGAAGAAGAAAGAAUAUUAUGGGUUGAUGCUGUCUGCAUUAACCAAGAUAAUAUCGCGGAGCGCAAUCAUCAAGUUGGUUUCAUGAGCUCGAUUUAUCGCCAAGCCCAUUGUGUGAUUGCCUGGCUCGGGCCUGAGACAGAGACUAGCCAUCAUGCCAUGUCGUUUCUCAACCAGAUAUACGAGGGAUCGGUGCCAGUAGCAGAAUGUGAUAGUCUUCGGUUCAAGGAAAAGUGGGCUGCAAUUAAGAAUUUAUGUGAGAUGCCCUAUUGGGGACGGCUUUGGAUCAUUCAAGAAGUCGUGCUG